AUGUGUCUAAUAUUGGAGGUAUCUUAUAGGGAGGUCUGUUUAAUUUUUCAGAUUUCAUACAAUUACAACUAUGGCCAAUUUGGAGAAUGGCUAAAAACACAAAACAUUAGCGUCGACUUGAUAACCCACCCAAAUCUUGUGCUCACAAAGAGAGACCCACCACUAGCCUUACUUGCCUCUUUGUGGUUUUACAUGUCUCCACAACCCCCGAAACCGGCUAUGCAUGAUAUAAUUCUCGGUCAAUGGAAUGCUGGUAGCGAAAACGAAGCAGCGGGGUAUUCCGGCCCCGUCUUUGGCCCUACAAGCCUUAUAAUUAAUAAUGAAUGUACUGGAGAAGAUCCAAUAGCCCCAGGAGGCGGUGGAGAGAAUCGGAGGAUUCGGGCGUUUAAAUGGCUUUGCAACUAUUUUGGAGUUCCUGUGGAUAGGAAUGAGUCUACGCUUACGUGCAAAAUUAAGUUUUAA